AUGUCAUUCGGUGGCUUCGGUGGUUUCGGUGGCUUUGGUGGGGAUACUUCAACUACAGCGAUGGCCAGUACUCCCGGAUUCGGAUCCCAGUCUGGUGGGAGAUCAUCUUUUGGCCGAAUGUCGUUCGGUGCCGGGAUGGAUACCGGAGGAGGAGAUAAGAAGCCCGCACGUCGGCCGUUGAUACCAGUGAAUGUGAGGGUCUUCCACGAUGCAGUGACGCAACACUCAGGUGGGGAUGAUAUUGAAGUGUUCGGAGCUGCUGCGAGGGUGGUGGAGAUUCUCGGUAACGCUAGAGAUGUCGAACAUGAUGGCUUGGCUAUUCACUGGACCUUGGAUGACUUCACGGGGAGUGUUCGAUGCAAGAUGUAUCUCGAGGAGUCCGAUACCACUGGUAGAGAUAAAGUGAACGAAAUUCUCAAGAACGGGAAGUUCCAUAUUCAUGGGCAGCCUUAUGUUCGUGUGAUCGGAGCUAUUCGGGGCGGGAGCAAUCCAUAUAUCUCGGCUCUGAAGGUUCUGCCGGUAGAUGACUUGAAUGAGAUACCCUGUCAUAUUGCAGCUAUUGCCCAUGCGUACAUCGCCAACACUGGGGAAAUUGCACCUGUCUCGGCUGAUGGCAAAAGACUCUCGUUCGGAGGGAUAUCCCAGGCCGGGGUUGAAGUGGCCAGCGCCAACCCAUCAUCAUCGAUGCCUUCUCCUGCAAGCGAGAAUCAAUCUGGCGCCGCUAACAGUCAUGCUGACAAGCGUGAGCAGCUUCUGGAAUUCAUUAAGGUUGGAUCGAAGUCGACUGAUUUUGGAUACUCGGUUGGAGAGAUGGCUGCUAAGUUCCAGGGAGUUCUGGGAACAGCAGAGAUUCGCAAGCUUCUUGGAGAGCUAAGCGACGAUGGCCUCAUAUACGACGCUGGUGAUGAAGAUCAUUACAAGUGCGUGUAGAAGCCGUUUAUUUGCUCGAUUUUGCAUGUU